UCUGAUUUAGAAACAUUAGUGGUAAAAGGUAAAUCAGUAGUAUCGUCGAAUGAAGGUUGUGAAAAAGAUGUAAAGGAAACAGUGGAAAAGGUAGCUGAAGAAGAGGAUGGAGGUGACAAAGAUUUAACAUUAGAAAUCAAAAAUGAAAGAAUGAUUGAUGUAAAGUUUGUUAGAAAAGAAUGA